AUGUACUUCAACACCGCCAAAGCUCUCGCCGUUCUUGCAUUCACUGGCACCAUCGCAUCAGCAGCAGUCACACAACCAGACAACAUCGCCCGUCGCGGAGAUGAGAAAGACGCCAACGCCAUCAAAGACCACAAGGAUGACUACAACUAUGGUAAUGGUGUCGAUGCCAAGAAUGACAACAACCACGGCAAAUACGACAAGCAAGACAAGCUAUCCCACGAAGAGGCACUCAAGAAGCAUCGCGAGGAAGUUGAGAAGCAAAUCAAGCUGAACAAUGAGGCUGCUGAGAAGAACAAAGCGGAUGUCAGGAAGACUGACGAAUACUGGAAGUCUGACAAGAAGCAUGACAAGUAUGAAAGCAAUGACAAAAAUUAUGAUGACAAGCACGGCAGCAACGACAAGAAACAUGAUGACAAGUAUGACAACAUGAAGUCCAGCGGUAUGAAGCACCAAGAUAAGCAGUAUACUGACAAUGGCAAGAAGCACAGCGACAACAAAAAUUACGAGGACAACGAGCAAGACAUGUAUCAUGACCAAAAGAAAUAUAACGAAAUGAAGCAUGACAACAAUAACAAGAAGCAUGGUGGUGAGAAGGACGGAAGUGAAAAGAAGCAGCAUAAAAAUUACGACGAUAAGCACAACAACAUGAAACACGACGAUGGCAAGCCCGACGAUACAAAGUCAAGCGACAAAAAGUCCGACAGCAACGACAAACAGCACAGCAGCAACAAAGAUAAGUACAAGGACGAUAAGAAAUACUGA